AUGGCGGGAAUCUAUACAAAGCUCGAUUCUCAGGUAGACCUGCACGGAUUCACAGAUGCGGACAGAGAGGCAAAAACAGACUCCCCAUCUGCGGAAAUACCGGUCGAAGAAUCAAACAAACCAGAUACGGCUGCGCGUGAUGAAAAGUCUACUACACACACCCGGUCGGCGUGGUCGCUUUGGAAAUGGGAAAUCAUCUCUAUUAUCCUUGGCGGCGGCGUCAUUGCAGUCAUUUUCGCCCUUUUGCGCAUUUAUGAGAACAAAGCCCUUUCUGAAUGGAGGGCUCCUAUCUCUAUCAACACUGUUGUGGCAAUUCUAACCGCCCUUUUCAAGGGCGUGCUGGCUGUGCCUAUUUCGGGCGGAUUGGGCCACAUAAAGUGGCUUCUGUUCUCGAAACAGGAUCGAAGUCUGGCCGACAUGGACAGGUACGACCACGCGAGCCAUGGUGCGUGGGGCUCCGCCAUACUUGUCUUUAACCAGUUCCGUGGACGAAGCGUGUCGUAA